AUGAGCCAGGCAGCAACCUACGAAGACCGCUUCAACCCAGACAAUGCCGUCAAAGCCUGCAGAACCGCCAAAGCUGCUGACUACAUAGAGCGACUCGGUCUUGUGACCGACAACGAUCUUCGUAAAGGCUCUGGCGCGAUCCCAGUGUUCAGGAGCCACGACAUUGUCCAUGAAUUCUACGAAAAGACGAAUUUGAAGGUCGCCGAGAUUGCCAGCAACAAAUCGACGGAUGACCUGCAGCGGGCUUUGGGCUACGCGUUCUGGCGAGAAGAGACGGCAAAGCCAUUCCUAGACGAGUACGGGGAUAAGAUCUGGGGUGCUGAUAGAAGGCAUCUGAGGGCAGACGAGUCGAAACUGUACCCCAAGCAGUUAUACAUAACAGAGGACGCAGAUAAAAUUGAACUCUGGAUCAUUUGCUGGAUCGGCCAACGGGCGUUUGGAAAGAUCAAGAGGGACGCAAAAGAGCCCACCGCGAUGAAACGAACGACAGUACCGACACGCACGCCUGGAAGCUCAGCUUCAAAGGUGUUUAAUCGAAACUCACGCAACUUUGAUCUCUCACCAGAGCCUUCCCUACCAAGUCCCAAUACCACGCCUACGGCACGUAAUGGAAAUAACAACAAAAGACCAUAUAAUCGCAAGAAAAUUGACACAAGUCGAGCAAAUGAUCAGUCCGAGGUCUCUGACAGUGGUACGCUCUUCGUCACACCGAGUCCUAGAGCUGCAAGACGUCCACCUCAGACGGCGACCAUAGGGAGAAUGACGCCAGAAGACACGCCGAGGGCACAGAGAUCGGAAGGAAACCCCAGAACCUCGACUAUGGACGACGAUACAGACAUCUAUGCCCCACCUAUCCCGCGCGACGUUGAUCUAGACUCGUCAUCCGAUUACAACCCUGGAGCAGCGGUUUCUAGGCUUGCCAAACGAAAACGUAUGGGCGUUCACAAUUCUCCAAAUAAGACGCUGAGAUCGCAGCAUCCAGGCAGACUGGUUACAUCUCCUUUACCGAGGCCUCGACCACUAUGUGAGGAAGAUUUUCAGUCAAUUUCCGAUUCUUCUCCUGAGAGUAUCAUCGCUGUUAGUAGCUUGAUGCCAACAGUAUCGACGCAAGGUACAGUUACAUCACCUGAACCGACGACAGCAGUGAAUGCUGAAGGUCGUGUAUCAAACACGACAUCGAAUCUUAAAAGUCCUGCCGCAAACACAGCUAUGGAUCACGAAGAACCUUCGUCAAGCACGGCAAUAACUCACCAAGUACCUUCAUCAAGCGCAUUAACAACCAAUUCAGAACACGCCACAAAGAGCGUCAAAACCCCUCCACCAACCACAACCAACAGCACCGUUACCAGUAACCAAAACGUACCUAAAAGUCCCUGGAAUGAUGGAUCGAACGCAGCAUCGCGCCCCAACGUAGCUGGAUCGAACGUAGAAGUGGCUGUCAUGUACCCUAAGACUUCAACGACGUCUAAGCCGGCAGACGUCACGACUUCUCCUGGUUAUGUAACGCCUCCUAUUAGUACAACUCCUCCUAGUACAACUCCUCCCAGUACAACUCCUCCUAGUACAACUCCUCCUAGUACAACUACUCGUAGUACAACUCCUCCCGCACGCGUGAUACUUCCCGCUCGUGCAUCUCUUCCUAGAAACGCAACUUUCCCCUCACCUCUCCCACCACCGUCUAACGAAGAGUCCCGCCCUCACAAUCAUGUCUCCCCAUCUACCAUAAACCCACCACAGCCACUAGGCGUCUUACCAGUCCGCCAACCGCCGUCCCCGUCCUUACCCUCAGACAUCACCAUCAAAGCCGCCCGAGCCCACCUCAUGCUCUUCCUCGUCGACCUAGGCGAAGACCAACAACACAGCACGACCAACUGCAUCCACCUCAGCACCCUCGUCUCCCUCCUCCACGCCCACGACGCCCCCUUCCCACCCGAGCAUUACCCCGCGCCCUCCAUCGCCGCGCUCGACAAGUUCCGCCGCACGCUCGCCCUCUUCGCAGACUUCCAGCGCGCGACCGGCUACUUCGGCACGCGCGCCGGCUGGCUGGAACACCGCGACGGACUGUCGGCUGCAGAGCAGCGCGCCGGCAAGUCGGCCAUGGCGAGGUUCAGAGUCGCGCUGGCGGAUAGCGUCGCGCUGCUGCCGCCUGCUGCCGGGGACGACGACGUGAGGGGGUUUAGCGAGGCGCUGGAGGAUGCGUUGAUCAAGCUGUCGGCGUCGGAGGAGUUCCAUCGGAAGGGAGAGUUCGUCGAGGACUUGACGGCGCUGUAUGGGAGGUUGCUUACUUGGUUGGCAUGA